AUGUUGUCACCAAACGCACUACGCCAGCCUACUCCUCUAUCUCCCUCUCCUUCUCCCGAGCCACCUAGUGGAGCGGCUAAUGGUACAGCAGCAGGCAAUGGGCACUCAUCAGGCCAAGCUUUAUCCGCAGCGACUCAUCCAGGUCAAGCUCAGAACGAUGUCUCGAGCACAGUGUCAUCCCCGCACGAGCAAGCAAGACAGACGCUGGAGAAUUGCGCGAAAAACGCCAUUGCAGAGCUCUAUCAAUUGGCCGUAUGCACUGCUGAUGUUCAGCCUGGACAGGAGCACGUGGUCGGUGCUAGAAUGUGAGUGUCGAAUGCUAGGUGAGAGUAGCUGUUUGUAUUCGCUUUGCGGCGUGCCGUUAUCGGUACCGAAUGUCCGAAGUGGCUUGAGUGCCAAGCGAGCAUGAGAGCUGGCCCCCAUCCCUUUUUGCCGAACUCAUUUCAAACUAUCAACCCUGAUAUUGCUUUGCAAUAUCGAUCUCGCUCAUCCAGAAAUCAAGUCAUCGCUUCACUCUCGUCUCUCUCCGAAGCUGGCUCCAACCAAGAUCUCUCCAUGCUGAUCGAGCCGGAUGUGAUGAACAUGCUAGACAGGGGUCGCAAUCCCGAUCUGCACACGCGCACCUUCAUGAGCGAGCUCAUCAUUCACAAUCAAAUCGUAGCUUCCACGACUAUGGCUCUUGAUGUGAGUCCCGGUGUUCUGCCUUGCCUUGCAGUCCAAGCCUACUCUUGGUCUGCCAUUCUCGUGGCUGCCAUUGCUGAUGUCUCGGCCUUGCCUCACUUGACAGUCGUACUACGACCGGCUAGCCGAUUCUGUGGCGAGAAGUUUUCCUGAGCUUGCGGAGGAUGUCGAGGGCCUCAGACAGAUCCCUGAACAAUCACAAGUGUCCGUUGAAGGGCAAGACUUGGCGCACGAUGGCGAAGGGAACCGGCCGGCAUGA